CGUAUUCCUAGUCAAAAAACUCAAGAAAUUCAUGUGCCAAACGAAAAUCGCUUACAGUCACUUAUCCUAAUGGCACGUGCAUUAGGCAAAAUGGGGUCUCGAGAUGCUAUUGUAGUGGCCGGAGUUGAAAUACUCGUUGUCGAUUGCGACACUUUAUCUCAUACAAGCGAAAUGUGCCUAGUCUUAAAGUGCGAUGAAAAGGCUCGAUCCGCUAGACUACGUGGAAAUUUGUUAAUGACCAACGUUUUGUGA